CUGAAGAGAGCUGACCGCAGGCUGAUUCAGUGUGUGUGAACUCCGCAGUGCAAAAAGACUUGCUAAGCCGUCACUGAGGAGAAAGGUGGAUGUGCUUGCUAAAGAAAAGAAGUCUCAGCAGUGAAGCUUUCAUCCUGUCUGGAAACAGGGCAACCUGAAGAGCCCAGAACUUUUACUCAGCGGAAAGCCACAGCUGGCCCACAUACUCAUAGAUUGACAGCAUGGCUGAAGCCAGUGCCUCAGGGACUUCUACACAGUCUGGUGCAAAGAACUUGGAUGCCGUGGAGAACGCUCUGCUUCCAGAAGAUCACAGCAAGAACCAUUUUGAUAUAAUCCAACUGCAGGAAAAGGAGGUGAGGCUCUUAGGCAGGGCGGAGUCAGUGGAUUCAGCAGAGAUGGAGGUCCAGAGCAGCACACUGAGUGAUAAAGAGCUUAUGGAGAUGAGGGCAGACUUUGAUGCAUCUGUAUCACCUGUCCUGUCCCUAGAGGAAUCUGAUCUGGAGCCUCCAGAGGUAGGGGAGCUUCUGAUGUGUGUGGAGGAGCCAGAAGUGGAAGAAAUAAUGGACAAUGUUCCACUGACCACUUUAACCUCUGCAACUCCUCUCCCUGGGUCCCCUGCCUUCAUCUCAGCACCUGAAAUUAUUUUGGGUGCAUUACAUUACCUUCCAUGCCCACAGGAACUUCCCCCUUUCUCCAUGAAAGCUCCAGGACCAGCAGAAAGCUAUAUGAGCUCUAAGUCAGAGUCAACUGAUGAGGCCAGUGGUUCUCAGCUCUCCUCAGAUUCACCCUUUGAAGAAGCCCCACUAAAAGCACAGCUACAGGUUGCUGCUCCUGCCUCGCAUUCAUUUGAGCUAUCAGUGCUGCUGACUGGUGGUUUUGCCUUAAUGGCUGUAGUGGUAAUGACUUACGUUUUGACUAAGAAAUAAGAGAAGGUUCAUAGAAAAUGUUGUGUCUUUGCUGUGUAGAUUCACCAAAUCAUUUUUAAAUAAUUCUGAACAUGUUUUUUUUUUUAAUCUAUGAUGGAAUUUUUUUUUUUUUUUUUAAUUUUUUAUGAUACACUAUGUGUCCAAAAGUAUCUACACACCUCUUCCUAAUUAGUAACUUCAGCUACUUUAAGGUGCACUCAUUGCUGACAAUGUUCAGUUGCAUACAUACAGUUUAUGUAGUCUCCAUAGAAAAGCACUUCCAAUAGAAUGGGAUUUUCUGAAGCAGCUACACUUGAGCCCAGUGUGGCAUGCCCAAUGCCCAGCGUCAGCUAGAAGGGUAAGAAGCCCCCAGACACUGGGCUGUGAAGCAGUGAAACUGUGCUCUCUGGAGUGAUGGAGCUCCAUCCAGUAUCUUUGG